CAUCAGCAACGACACUGAACGCACCAGCAACGACAUCGACCGUCACUUGCAUCGCGACGACGACGAGUAGUAGAGCAGCAGCAAGCAAGUGUGCGUGCACAGAACAUUGUCUGCACGUACGCACGCACACCCGCCCGAGGACGCCUCAGCCGGCCCCCGCUCAGCGCGCCGCCGCCAUGUCGCAGUCUCGAUUCCCCCCCUUUGCCCAAGUACGCAACGCGUGGCGCACAAAGCGGACGCAGUGGACCACCUCCUCGUCGCGCGAGCAGCACGCGCCCUUCAUGCGGCGGUCGGCCUCCUCCUUCUGGCGCGCGUCGGCAGCGGGACGCGCAACGAGCAGCUUUCUCAACGACCCGACGGUGCAGUUCGUCAGCGGCGUGCUCGCGUGGAUCCCUGUGGGCAUGUUCGUGGGGCGCCAUGUAUACUCUGUCUCAAGAAUCACGGGGCGUAGCAUGCUCCCCACGUUCAACGAGGACCAUGACCAGACGGGCUGGGACGACGUUGUGCUCCUCGACCGGUGGAGCUGGAGCUGGGGCCGGUGGGCCCUGCAGCGCGGCGACGUCGUGACGCUGUGGUCGCCGCGCGAGGCGGAAAACCUCACGACGAAGCGCAUCGUCGCGCUCGAGGGGGAUAUUGUCACGCCGCGCGACCCAAAGACGCGGAUGAGGCGGACGAACGACCCCCUGCCCGACCUCUCGCCGUACAGAAUCCCCCCCGGGCACGUGUGGGUCGAAGGCGAUAAUGCCGGCGAGUCGGUCGACUCGAACACCUACGGCCCGGUCGCUAUCGGCCUGAUUCAGGCGCGCGUCACGAGCAUCCUCUUCCCGUUUGACCGCUUUGGCCCGCCAAAACCUGCGGCCAAGAACGACGGGCGCGUCAAGGUUUGGGACGACUAUGUCAAGAGGAACAACAGGCGAUGGAGGGAGCCGGUGGAGGAGGCGCCGGCGGCCGAGGGCACACAGGGGGCCGCGCGCCCCACUUAGACUUGGGACACAACAAUGGCAUAUAUGCAUGGC